CGAGAUGCGAAUGCGAGGACGCAGGAUAUUUUCCUAUAAAAAUGUGAGACGACCCCAUAAGAGAACAGAUUCCGACAGUGCGCGGUGAAGUAAGGACAACAAGAUGAAGCUGCUUUUCUUUACUAUCGCCAUCCUAGCAUUUUCGCUAGCAGACGAAAUUGAAACCAAUGACGAUCUCCGCGUCGCUGCAUCUGUUAAUGUGCCUGUUCAUCAUGCACCUCGUAGCUUUCGACGAGUAGUUCAAAGACGCCGAAGCUGGAACCCUCAGAAUCCUCAAAAUUCUGCCCAGGAUCCCGCUAGGCCAGAUCCAGUACAAAAUUCAUAUUCCCCUAUUGAUAACGAACAGAUCUCUUAUAAUCAACCACAGAAUAACAAUAAUCAAAACAAUUGGUCAAAUAACGGAAAUAACGUUCAAAAUUCUUGGUCCACCGCUGCUCCCAAUACAUGGAAUCAAAAUCAGCCCCAGAAUAACUGGAAUAACCAGCAAAAUGUUUGGGCAAAUCAGCCAGCCAACCCGAGCUCUCAAAAUAAUUGGAAUAAACCUGCAAAUUCUGGCAUGGCAAACAAACCAGCCGUCGCCGGAUCCCAAAACAACUGGAACCAAAAUCCAAGCCCAAGUUCUUCAACAACCACUCCAAUCCCGGUUAUCAAGAACGAACAAAUCAUCGGUGAUAAUGGCAGCUACAAAUAUGAAUACGAGAUCGCUGAUGGGACUCAUGUUGCCGAAGAAGGCUACUUCACAGACCCUAACACUGAAGAUGAAAGCAUUGUGAAGAAAGGCUUCUACUCCUUCACCGCUGCUGACGGCAAGGUCUACAGCGUAACCUACUGGGCAGAUAAAACUGGCUUCCACGCAGUCGGCGACCAUCUCCCUAAACCACCCGCAGUCCCACCCGCGAUUCAGGCAGCUCUCGACCAAAACGCUAAAGAGGAAGCAGCGAAAGCUGAAGCUGAAAAGAAUAAACAACAGCAGAGCAGCAAGCCUCAGGCUCAGGAACCUCCGAAACCCAUUGCUCCCCAACCAAUCCAACCAGCGCCUCAACAGCCCAUUCAAAAUGUUCCCCAACAAGGUUACCCUCAACAAAGCUAUCCCCAACAAAGUAACCCCCAACAAGGUUACCCUCAACAAGGAUACCCUCAACAGGGUUACCCUCAACAGGGAUAUCCUCAACAAGGAUACCCCCAACAAGGAAACUACCAGCAAGGCUACCCUCAACAAGGAUAUCCCCAACAGCAACAACAACAAAACUACAACUCCAAUGAACAAAACUAUUACAAUUCUCAAGCUCAGAAUUUCCCCUCUUACGGAAAGUAAUAAUCUUUAAUAGGAUUUCAAGUCGGAGUUUAGUCGAAUGUGACAUGUCUUAAAUAUAAGUCUUAAGUUACCUCAAAACAAGCAGUUAUCUUGAUCACGAUAUAUAUUGUGAACUCGAUAACUGUUGAAGUUUUAAGAAAUUUGUGAUAAACUCUGAAAGCCAAUAACAGAUGUGAUGUACGCAUAAUAAUUUCUUCAAUAAACUUGUAAGUAAA